AUUCAAUUUAAUUAUCAUAUGUUUUAUAAACAACAACAAAAGUCUUAUUUACAAUUUCCAAUUAUUAUUGUUCAGGACAUGAAUCAGGGCAAUAUUUCAACAACAGGUAAAUAAAUAAAUGUAUUUUAGUACUCGGACUUCUCUAAUAAUAUUUAGAUGAUGUACUACAACAACUUCAAUUUCUAAAAUACAGUCCCAAUUUAAAGGGUGUAGAUUUAGAACAAUUUAUGCAAAUGACAAAUGAAAAGGAUUUUAAGCAUGUCGGUAUUCAUAAACAAAGAGAUUGUAUCCAACUUUCUAUGGUGGCAGAGUCUAUUCGUAGAUCCUCUUUAGUUAGUAAUGCAUCCUCUUCGAGUCAAACUGAUGAUGAAAUUACGGUCGACAAACCUUAUCUCUUAUCUCCACCUUUAUAUGCAACAACAUCAUUAGGAAUGAUGGGAAAUAACGAUGAUAUCUCGAGUCAUUCAUUAACUGAAGAUGAUCAUAGCGAUACGUUAUUGAAUAGAAUGGAAGAAUUACAUAUUUCAGAUGAUGAAGAAAUGAAUCACAAAUGGCCCAACUCGAGAAUAUCAUCCAUUAUCACAAGAGGAGGAGAAGAAGAAGAAGAAGAAAGGUCUAGAGAUAGACACCCACUAUCACCACCUGAUUAUGAUACCAUCAUGCCACGUCGUUCUUCAGCACCUACUUUUCCUUUUCAUCAUCAUCAUCAGAAUUCAAUCGAAGGAUAUGAUCAAAGACGUUCUUCUUAUUCUGAAGGUACUAUGAAUGAACCGAAUAGAUCAAGAAGAAGAGAGGAAACGUUACCGAUCUAUACCUGUACUGUACAAAAAAUGGGUUAUGCAAAAGCUAAAAUUGAAUGUGAUUCACCUGGAAUAAAAGCAAAACGACGUCCAUGGAGAGAUGUAUAUAUGGAAUUACAAGGGACUAUCUUGAAGAUAUAUGAAAACAAAAGAUCUUCCUCUUCUAUAGGUGGUUAUCGAUAUUUGCCUACCAUGUCACCUUAUUAUAACCAAGAUAUCCGAUAUACUUUCUUGGUUAAUCUUUCUUUAGCGAAUGCCAAGAUAGAUACAGCCACUGAUUAUCAUAAAAGACCUCAUGUAUUUCGCAUUACUACUAAAAAUGGACCUCAAAUACUUUUCCAUGUUCAAACGAAUGCAGCUGCUUUAUUAUGGAUAGAGAAGAUUUCAGCAGGUAUCAAUAUUUCUAUUGAUUUAGAGUAUCAAUGUAUGCCAAAUGCUUCACCUGCUACUUUUCUAUUUAAUAAUGAAUCAUCUAAUAUGAAUUAUUCACAAGCAUAAUAUAAUAUAUAAAAACCAAAUACCUUU